AUGAUGAGCAUCAAGUACCUUCUUUUCUCCGUCCUCCUCGUCGGAGCCGUUCAGGCUGAUGCUUGGUGGAUGACAAACCCCGACAUCACCAAAGAAGUCUGCAAGUCGUACUACAAGGAUGUCGCGCAAUUUGACAGCAAGACCGGGACGUGCAACGAACACAAGAAUGGGACGAUCAAGGAUGCGGAUUGGAAGAGCAAGUGCAAGAUUUAUGGAACAUCAUUGGGCUGGACUGAUGAUCGGGUUGGGGCUGGGUAUGACGCGACAUGUUAUCCGAUAGACGCAUGA